AUGGACACGUCUUUGGGUCCAACACCCCAUGGACACGUCUUUGGGUCCAACACCCCAUGGACACGUCUUUGGGUCCAACACCCCAUGAACACGUCUUUGGGUCCAACACCCCAUGGACACGUCUUUGGGUCCAACACCCCAUGUACACGUCUUUGGGUCCAACACCCUAUGGACACAUCUUUGGGUCCAACACCCUAUAGACACGUCUUUGGGUCCAACACCCUAUGGACACAUCUUUGGGUCCCACACCCUAUAGACACGUCUUUGGGUCCAACACCCUAUGGACACGUCUUUGGGUCCAACACCCCAUGGACACGUCUUUGGGUCCAACACCCCAUGGACACGUCUUUGGGUCCAACACCCUAUAGACACGUCUUUGGGUCCAACACCCUAUGGACACGUCUUUGGGUCCAACACCCUAUGGACACAUCUUUGGGUCCAACACCCUAUGGACACAUCUUUGGGUCCAACACCCUAUGGACACGUCUUUGGGUCCAACACCCUAUGGACAUGUCUUUGGGUCCAACACCCUAUGGACACACCUUUGGGUCAACACCCUAUGGACACGUCUUUGGGUCCAACACCCUAUGGACACACCUUUGGGUCAACACCCUAUGGACACGUCUUUGGGUCCAACACCCUAUGGACACAUCUUUGGGUCCAACACCCUAUGGUCAGGUCUUUGGGUCCAACACCCUAUGGACACGUCUUUGGGUCAACACCAUAUGGACACGUCUUUGGGUCCGAAACCCUAUGGACACGUCUUUGGGCCCAACACCCUAUGGACACGUCUUUGGGUCCAACACCCUAUGUACACAUCUUUGGGUCCAAAACCCUACGGACACAUCUUUGGGUCCAACACCCUAUGGACACGUCUUUGGCCACAAUAAACUAUAA